UGCCGGAGGUCUGCUUCACAGACCGCAAUAUGGCGAGAAUGCCUGCUAGCGGAGACACGGACCAGGAGCAGAUGAGCUGCCCUGAGAGGAGCAGAGAGGAGGAGAAUGAGGAUCAAGAUGAAGAUGAUAUCCAGGAGGUCCAGAUCACGGGGGAGGAGGAGGACUACGACUCCGACAGAGAUGGUGUGGAGCUGGAGUGGGAGUCAGGGAGCACCAGCGCUUCCGCCGCGGAGACACAAGCAGUCGUUAUGCGGAGUAUGGACCGAGGAGAGCAGGAGGGAGAGGCGGACCCCUUCAGCGGCAGCAUCCCCGCUGGAUUGGAGUCUCACCUGGAGGGAGACCUCCAGCGGUCAGACCGGAGUAGGCUGAGCGAGAACACCCGCCUUGCCACCCGGUAUGCGGUGAGGAUCUUCAGGGAGUACCUCAGUGAGAAAGCCCAAAGUCCAGACUUUGAAACUCUGGAUAAGGAGGCGCUCUGUGCAGUGCUUCGCUCCUUUUACGCCGAGGCGCGCUCCAAAAGUGGACAGCUGUACAGCAAGUCGUCCCUCAUCAGCAUACGGAGCUCACUGAACCGGUACCUGAACGAGCCACCCUACUGCCGUACCUUGGACCUCACAAAGGACCCAGAACUGCGCAGCGCCAAUCUGACCCUGGCUGCGGUCAUACGGAGGCUGGAAGAGCAAGGCGCCGGUCCCGUGGUGCAGAAGCAAGCCAUCACGCGCUCGGACCUGCGGAAACUGUACGAGUCCUCUGUGUUUAACACCGACAUGCCGUUCGGACUGCUCAAUAAAGUCUGGUUCGAGACCUGCAUGUAUUUCUGCACCAGGGGCCGGGAGAACCAACGGGAGCUGGAGGAGGACUCGUUCGGCCUGGCCGUGGACGAGGACGGCAGAAAGUUUGUUUAUUUCAAAGCUCUCGGACCCUACCACAAGUCCCGCUCCACCGCCUGGACCAAGAAGCGUCCGGACGCAGACGAGGACACCUUGCCGCGCAUGUACGAGACCGGCACAGAGCAGUGUCCGUACGCCAGCUUCGUCCGGUACGUGUCCAAACGGAACCCGCUCUGCAGGGCGUUCUUCCAGCGGGCCCGGGACCACUGCUGCGCGAGCGACGUGACGUGGUACGAGAACAAAGCCAUAGGUAAAAACCUGUUGGGCACGAGGAUGCAGAUGUUGUCGCGCGCUGCCAAGCUCUCCAAAACCUACACCAACCACUGCAUUGGUGCCGUCUCUAUAGCAACGCUGAACAGCAUCGUGGGCGCCGCGGGCUCCAGACCGACGACGACGCUGUAUGUUGCCACGGAAACGGUUAACGGUCACGCGCAGUCCCACCUUCAGCUCUUGAUCCCGUGUCACCUGAAGGAGCAGCGAACAGAGAAAGUGACUGUAUCAUCAACAACACACACACCAGCAAGACCGGCGAGCAGAACCAGCUCCACGGAGGACCCUGGAGCUCCGUGCGCAAAGAAGCUUUGCGUGCGUCCCGGGAUACGCGCGGACUCGCCCGUUGAACGGAACGGAAAAGAUCCAUUGCUUACCAAAACCAAGGAGCCCUAUGCCAAUGUGAAGCCCCCCGAUGGGGGCCUGGUGGCUGGAACCGCACAGGACAGCCAUGGCAGCAGCAGCAGCAGUAUGUCAAGUCAGCAGCUGGUCUCUGUGUCUCCUGUGUGUCCUCUGGGCCAUGUAGGCAUCCCCACACCAGCUAAACUCAACAAAACCAAUGCACCUGUCCACAUUGAUGUAGGAGGACACAUGUACACCAGCAGCCUGGCCACACUCACAAAGUAUCCAGAGUCACGGAUCGGCCAUUUGUUUAAUGGAACAGAGCCCAUAGUGUUGGACAGUCUAAAGCAGCACUACUUCAUCGAUCGAGAUGGCCCUAUGUUCCGCUACAUACUUAACUUCCUCCGCACUUCAAAACUCCUCAUCCCUGAUGACUUCAAAGAAUAUUCCCUGCUCUAUGAAGAGGCCAGUUUCUUUCAGCUGGCUCCACUGCAGGCCGAGCUGGAGCGCUGGAGGACAGAGAGGGAAUGUGGUGGGGUGUGUCUGGAGUGUGAGUGUGUCAUGAUUCAUGUGGCUCCAGAGCUUGGUGAAAGGAUCAGUGUGAGCGCCCAUCGGGCUGUGAUGGAGGAAGUUUUUCCAGAGGUCAGAGACAUCAUGACAAAUACACUUAACACCAGCUGCAACCAGAACUCUACAUAUAUAACCCGGUUCCCUCUCAAUGGCUACUGUCACCUCAACUCUGUCCAGGUGUUGGAGCGGUUACAGCAGAGAGGGUUCGGGAUCACAGGCGCAUGUGGUGGUGGAGUGGACUCUUCCCAGUUUAGUGAAUACAUUCUACAGAGAAAGGGAAGAGGCAGUCAAAACCUUCCUACCCUUAUUAGGAUCAAACAGGAAUUCAUGGACUGAACACUGAGGAGAUCAAGGAUCAAUCCGUUCCUCUUUUUAGGCACAUAUCAGUCACUAUUCUGUGCAAUGUUUUGGAAAGACUUGUAGAAACAAGAACAGCUUCACCUCAGCAUGAAAGAAGUCACACACCAGUCAUAAAUGCAAGGAGUCUCUUCAGCUGCAUUGACAGCCUGCAGAAUGUGGGAGAUGUCUUUUCUGUGAUACUCGUCUUGCAGUUGCAACAUUCUCUUCAGACAACAUGUGAUCCAAGUACAAAAAAAUAUUUCAGGGAUUUAUGGAGAAUGCUUCGAAAUGUUUUCCUAAUUUUGAGGCAAACUUGCAUUAGCAUUCCUGCUAAUAGUAAAUGGAGGCUAAUACUUAAUAAUGUGCAGUAUGAUUACAUUCUUUUUAUCAUGGAACAUGUAAUGCAAUACUGUGAUGAAGUAAUAUCGUAUAUACAUUUCCAGGAAAUGUUAUCAAGGAACUAUUACUAGAUAACACUUUUAAGAUGUGAAGUCUUUUUUUGCUAAACCAUUGAAAUUAAAACAUGAUAUCUUAAGAUGCUUCAUGUCAAUGAUAAAAUAAACUUGUAAAUUGUUACUUCCAUGAAACAGUGAUGUUCGC